AUGUUACCGAAAAUUACUAUCGAUCUUCCAAUCUCCGCUUUACCGACGACUUCUUGGCCGCAUCUUACGGAUUUGCCACUAGCCGACCGCUAUUAUUCCCAGCCCAGACCAAUAGACAUUUUGAUUGGAAUGGAUGAAAUGGACAAAUUUCUACUACACGGACUCCGUAAGGGUGAACGGGGUAUACAAAUGGCACAAAAUACUGUAUUAGGAUGGGUACUGUUUGGCAACGCUGCCAAUUUACAAAACCCACCGGUGAACAGUUCGACUUUACAUUCCGAUCUUCAUUUAACUCAACUCAUCCUCAAGUUUUGGAAUCUCGAAGAACUACCCGCCCCCAAAUUCUUUUCACCUGAAGAAUCUAUGUGUGAGAAACUAUACGACGAUACGACCGAACGUGCAUCGGAUGGUCGCUACAUCGUACGCUUACCUUUGAAGAAGAACGUAUUGUUAGGGGAAUCACAAGAAGCAGCUAUUCGAGCAUUACUCCGAAUGGAAAGAAGAUUUGUAGCUAACGAACAACUUCGCAAAGAGUAUACGAAUACUAUGUUUACGGAUGAACUCACCUCUAUGGGACACAUGGAACCAGCUGAGACGACAACAGAUAAACUUUACUAUAUGCCACAUCAUGCGGUGGUAAAGACCACAAUUGAAACAACGAAACUUCGAGUCGUUUUCGACGCAUCUAUGAAGUCAACCUUUGAGAAUUCUUUAAACGGUACCCCCAUGUUAGGCCCACAGCUACAACAAGAUCUAUUUUCUAUUUUGGUUCGCUUUCGCACUCACCGUUUCGGAAUCAUAGCCGAUAUCGAAAAGAUGUACCGCCAAGUUUAUGUCGCUAAAGAGGACACAGAUUAUCAACGCAUAGUUUGGCGUUCCAAUCCAGCAGAUCCGGUUCGUGAUUAUCGUCUUUUAAGGGUCACGUAUUAA